UUCAGUUGGUGAAAGAUGGAAUCUCAGAUCAAGCACGCAGUUGUGGUGAAGGUAAUGGGCAGAACCGGGUCGAGAGGGCAGGUUACACAGGUGAGAGUGAAGUUUCUUGAUGACCAGAACCGUUUCAUCAUGAGGAACGUGAAAGGACCAGUCCGAGAGGGUGAUGUUCUUACUUUGCUCGAGUCCGAGAGAGAGGCUAGGAGGUUGCAUUGAUUUUGGUUGUCUUGUCAUCAUCAUUGCAAUGGUUCAGUUUUUACUCUCAUUUUGGUGUUACUUUUGAUGUUUGUUUUGAGUUGCA